ACGAAACCCCGCCGCACUGACGUCAAAUAGCACACCAAAGAUAGCUAUGGCCGUCGGACUUGGAGGGGUAACUCGUGUAUCGCAGUACCUUAAUCAGACGUAGUGUUGUACUCUUAACCUUCAAAAUGACGGCUGGUCUUUUGGAUAUCCCAGCAAGCACCUCAUUCGUCUUUCUCACAUCUAUAAGGAGUGAUUUCCGUAUAAUUUUAACCCGCUUGAGCCUCCAAGAACGUGCCGGAGAGUGAGUGUAUGAUAGGCCACGGUACCACCGGGAAGAGUACCAGGUACUACGGCCGUCAGAAAUCCCCCACCAUCCUACACAGUUCAAAACCUCGACAAUGUCGGACGCUGUUUUUACUUGAACCUCCUGGGCCUAAAAUCACGCAUUCCCUCAGCAUUUUACCCUCGAGUUUUUCUUACCAAUUACCUCCUAGAUUUAAAGUUUGAAUAGAGUUGGAAUGCCUACUCCAUCCCAUAAAGCGUGUCUUAUUGUCAUUGACGGCUGGGGAAUCCCCACCAAAGACAGCCAUGGCGAUGCCAUCACUAAUGCCAACACGCCCGUCAUGGACGAACUGUCCAAGAGCGCUACAGGUUUUGUCCCCCUAGAGGCCUCGUCGCUUGCCGUCGGUCUCCCAGAGGGCCUGAUGGGCAACUCGGAAGUCGGCCACUUGAACAUCGGUGCUGGUCGUGUCGUUUGGCAAGAUGUCGUCCGCAUUGACCAGACUAUCAAGAAGGACGAGUUAAGCAAGAAUGAGGUUAUCAGCAAAGUCCUACAAAAUGCCAAGAACGGCAAUGGCCGCUUACACCUGUGCGGACUUGUCUCCCAUGGCGGUGUUCACGCAAAACAAACCCAUCUGUAUGCCCUACUCGAAGCAGCCAAGGCCGCUGGCGUCCCCAAGGUAUUCAUCCACUUCUUUGGCGACGGUCGCGACACCGACCCCAAGUCCGGCGCAGGUUAUAUGGAGGAGCUGGUUCAGAAGCUCCAAGAAAUUGGCGUCGGACAGAUCGCCACUGUUGUUGGCCGUUACUACGCUAUGGACCGAGAUAAGCGAUGGGAGCGCAUUGAAAUCGCCUUGAAGGGCAUGGUGCUGGGUGAGGGAGAAGCAAGCUCAGAUCCCGUCAAGACCGUUCGGGAGCGCUACGAAAAGGGCGAGAAUGAUGAGUUCCUUAAGCCUAUAAUUGUUGGUGGCGAUGAGGCUCGUAUCAAGGAUGGCGAUGAAGUUUUCUUCUUCAACUAUCGGUCCGACCGUGUCAGGCAGAUCACCCAGCUGCUAGGAGAUGUCGACCGCUCUCCCCGACCCGACUUCCCCUACCCUAAGAUCCACCUGGUCACGAUGACCCAGUACAAGGUGGACUAUCCCUUUGAAAUUGCAUUCGAGCCCCAGCGCAUGGGUAACGUGCUUGCCGAGUGGCUUGGUAAGCAAGAAGUCAAGCAAGUUCAUAUCGCCGAGACGGAGAAGUACGCCCACGUCACCUUUUUCUUCAACGGUGGUGUCGAGAAGGUAUUCGCGCUAGAAGAGCGAGAUGAGUCCCAAGAUCUCGUGCCUUCCAACAGGAGCGUUCCCACAUACGACAAAGCCCCUGAGAUGUCUGCUGCUGGUGUCGGAAAGCAGGUUGCCAAGCGACUUGCUGAGCAAGAGUUCCCCUUUGUCAUGAACAACUUCGCUCCUCCUGACAUGGUCGGUCACACUGGUGUAUAUGAAGCUGCUAUUGUCGGCUGUGAGGCUACUGAUAAGGCUAUUGGCGUGAUCCGCGAGGCCUGCAGGAAGGAAGGCUAUAUUCUAUUCAUCACUGCCGACCACGGCAAUGCCGAGGAGAUGAAGUUCCCCGAUGGCAAGCCUAAGACUUCGCACACAACCAACAAAGUCCCAUUCAUCAUGGACAACGCGCCCGCCGGCUGGUCGCUGAAGCAGACUGACGAGGGAGUCCUCGGUGAUGUCGCGCCCACAAUCCUUGCGUCAAUGGGACUCCCAAUACCCGAGGACAUGACUGGCCAGUCUCUCUUGGUUAAAUCAUAGAAGCAUAGAGGCUCACCCUUGUUAAAUAGUGGUCGCUUUGGAGUUUGCGAUAGAUAGAUGAUUACACAAGAACCUAGAGAUACCAAAAUGAAAGGAUAUCCUUACUAGAAACAUAUUACUCCGCUGUCCAUCCAGGUGCCUAAUUAUGAGCACUCCAAGCGCACCAUUGCCGACGUAACCUUGGUUGGAAUGGACCAGUCGAGAAAUCCUACCC